AAUGACUACAAGGAAACAGGGGUGUUUACCUGUUUCGAUCACUUGAAGUCGCUGUCACUUGAAGCCACCGUUAUUGGUUGGAUAGAGUGAUCUGAUUAUGACACAGACAGGGGUUUGGCUAUUCAAAAUUCAUAUUUCAUAAUGCAGGACAUCGUGUCUAUUGUUUUACAUGCGGCUACAAUGUUGCUGCAAGGUGACGGGAAGGAAUCCUCCUAGGUGUGUGUUGAAUGAGUCAGCCGUUAGUGACCAAGAGAGAGGAUUUCAUUCGGACAGUUUUUGGCCUACUGCAACAUUUACUCGGCAGCUCAUUGUGGCGUCCUCGUCAAGCUGUCAGUUUCGGGGUGUUUCCUCAAAUAUUUAUCAGCUGACACGCGCGCCGCACACGCACGUCUCGGUCUCCUCCUGAACAUGCUGCAUCGUCUGAAGCGUCAAGCAUUCGACCUGUCCUUCGUUCUGCGAGGCAGGGGGUGUCCCUGACUGUGUGUAUGUGGAGUCAGCCGUCCCCCUGCUGGUCUACCUGCAUUAGAGAAUCUACCACCUUUCAGAAGAUGUGUCAGUGAGUGAACCAACCAAUCGGGGAGAAGAAAAUGCCUCGCACAAAGCAGAACAACCCCAAGAACCUUAAAGAUAAAAUCGAAGAAGCACAGAAAGAACUGAAAGAUCCCAAAGCCAGUGCACAGAAAGGGAUCAAUGAGUGUGGUCGAACAAGUGCAGAUAACAUAAAGGGACUGAAGAGGAAAAAGGUUGUGACAGAGAACCAGCUGAAGAAAAUACCCAAAUCUCCUGUGAAGAAGCCCUUGCAGUCCAAGACCUCUGUGGCAACACUCCAAGGUACCUCGUCCAAGGAGGCUGUGAACUCCUGCUCCAAUCCCGACAGCCCCUCUCGAAACCCUGCCAGCUCACCAAGCCGGAACAGAGAUACGGAGUACCUUCGGCCUGUUGCUGAAUCCUCUGAGGGAGUGACAUCAUCCAUUGACAGUGAUAGGCUGAAGCAGAGGGAAGUGUCUUCCUCAAAGCCACAGUCUCUUGAUCCGGUCAGUGGUAAAGAGGGGUCUGCCUCUGGUGUUGGGGAAUCUGAGCAGCUCAAGGACCGUAAGAGUGGCGAAACUGGAUGUGAAGGUGAAGCUACUUACCACACCAGCGCUCCACUUGAGGUCUUGCUCAAGGCUAUGGAAUCAGAUUUCAGCUCCUUGGCAGAAAGAAACACACAUGUUCCAGUCACAUCUGUUGGAAAACCAAGUCAAACUCUUUCUACCCAGUUUAUUAGUGAAUUGAAUGCUAUGCCAGCUGUACAUUUUGGACUCCAAACUCAGCCUGGCCAUAUGCAAACUUACUUUGUAAAUAAACAAGAGAGCUACACCACCAUGCAGGCCUCUACCCAGGCUACUGCCUUGCAGAAUUCACAGCAUGCUACACAGUAUUUCAGCAACCGGGAAAAGCCUGUUCUACAAAUGAGCUUCAGUCCUGGGCCCUCCGCUGCCCGUACUCAUACACCAAUUCCAUCUGGCUCCAAUUCCUUACCCAAGAGCCAGCCACCGGUGGUCCACACAUGCCAGUCCCUAUCUGCCAGUGUCCCCAGUACCAUUCAAGUCCCUGUGACACCUGGUUACAACCCAGUCCAUAUGGCCACAGUUGUAAACUUUGGUCUUGAACAGAUGUGUAGCAUCUCCCCAAAGCACCAGAAGCCUAAGAAGCAGGGGAAGUAUGUGUGUGAAUACUGCAGUCGGGCAUGUGCAAAGCCUAGUGUGCUCCUCAAGCACAUCAGGUCCCACACAGGAGAACGUCCCUACCCAUGUGUUACAUGUGGCUUCUCAUUCAAGACCAAGAGCAAUCUGUACAAGCAUAAGAAAUCCCAUGCUCACGCAAUAAAACUGGGGAUUGUGGCACGUUCCGACUCUGGAAGUGGGUCCCUCUCCGUGGAGUCUGACAAAGCACCCGGAACACAUUCAGAUGUAGAGGAAAGCGGGGACAGUGACGAGGAAAGUAGCACAGCGGACCUGGACCCUGACUCGUCACAAGGCAGUGUUGCAGCAUUCUCUGAGAGCAGUUUGCAGAGUGCAGGCACAACACAAGGCAACCAUGGGGAUGCAGGGGACCUAUCGGCUGUUUUCGAAAAGCUUAAACCAACGACGAGUCAGAGGAGCUACGAGUCCAAAGGGACAGCUGGCCUCCCGAAAGUAGUCGUCUAUCCUGUUAAUGUCUCGCCUCAGCGGGCAGACAGUCCAAGAGUCGCAGACUGUACCCCUGAGCAGGCUACUGCCCAAAGGCAAAGGGACUUCCAAACGGCACAUCUGAGAUCCAGCAUCACCGUCCUGUCGUCCUUGAAAGAGGUGGAUUGCACAAUCCCCCUGCAGGAUGCAAGAAGUGAGGAUGAGGAUCAGCAGUGUAGGUCCCCACCAGGAGGCGGACAUGGUCAGCUUCAAAGGCAGCAGGCCACAGACUUUUCUCAGCAGCAGCAGGGCAAGUGUCUGCUUAGUCCCCGCAGUUUAGGCAGCACAGACUCUGGGUAUUUCUCACGUUCUGAAAGCGCAGACCAGGCCAUGAGUCCCCCGAGUCCCUUUGUAAAGCUAACUCCACCAACAGACAUGGAUGUCACCAAAAAUGCACUUCCUAAUCUCCCUGCAGUGGUUGCCACUGUUAUGAAUGUGGAGAAGCCACAUGUUGUGCAAGGACAAAUGCGUCCACCAUUAGUAACAAAAGCACUCUCUCUCGAAGAGCGGAUCUCAAAGUUAAUAUCGGACAAUGAGGCAGUGGUUGACGAUAAACAGCUGGACAGUGUCAAACCAAGAAGGACUUCCCUUUCCAGGAGAGGUAGCAUAGACUCCCCCAAAUCUUAUAUAUUUAAAGACUCUUUUCAGUUUGACCUUAAACCAAUGGCGAGAAGGUCAAGUUCCAGCUCAGACCUACCCAAGUCCCCAUUCACCCCUACAGAAAACUCUAAGCCAGUAUUGCUAUUGUCUGUACCUAAUCAGUAUCCACCGAUGGACUGUUUACCAAUAACAAGAAGUAAUUCUAUGCCCACAACUCCAGGGCACUCGGGUCUCCCACCAAAUGUUAGUCAACAACCCCACAUACUACGGAUCUGCCAGUCUUUUGAUGAAAAAAUGAGUUCCUUAAACGAUGAUGUGUUUUCAUCUGCUCCCUCUACCCCAAAUCCAGCAAUACAUUCUCGUACCCUUGUACGGCAAGUAGCAGUGGAACAUUUCUCCACAAGUGAGGUCCUUACCUCAGUCCGUUCCAUGGAUGAAGGUUACCAUGGUUCUAGCGUUUCCACUGUGACAAUGCAAAGGAGCAGGUCUUUUGAGCAUGCACAAGACCCAAACCGAAAGACUCAGCAGAGCAAAGGCACAAUGUAUGAGUGUGAGACCUGUCGUAACCGGUACCGAAAACUAGAAAACUUUGAAAAUCACAAGAAAUUCUAUUGUUCAGAACUUCAUGGUCCGAAAAACAAGCUGAUGUCUGUCAGAGAGACUGAGCUGGAUGUUUUUCAGCGUGGCAUGCAGCAGCCAUUAGUCCCCAGAACAACAGGUAUUUCCGGCAUAAUGGACCAACAGCAAUCAAUUAGAAAAAGAAGGAAAAUGAAGAGUGUUGGUGACGAUGAUGACCAAUCACCAACUGACACCAAUCCCCCAUGCUCUGUUAGUUUUGAUUCUUGCCAACUAUCAACAGCCAGUUCAGGUCGGACAUUUUCUCAGCAAUCUAUCAUGGUUGAUCUACUGCCUAAAAGCAAUCCACCGCAAAUACCUCAAAUACAGCUAAUAGCAGGAGUUACAGAUGCAACAGAAUCAAGACUGUCACCGAUCAGAGAAACCCAGGUUAACACCUCUGGUAAAGAAAGAGGCGACCUACAGAGGCAAGGCAGCGGUACAUCAGUUAUCAGACAUACCAACUCUCUAAGCAGGCCCAAUUCAUUUGAGAUCUCUGAAUCUAUUGACAGAGCCUCUCCAGUUGAUUUCCUGGACAAAGAUGGCCAUAGCACAGGAAAAACUAAGGCAGAUGCUACAGCCAAUCUUUCAUUAGAGAGCUAUCAUGAAAAGAUGUCCAUACCUAAAUGUGCCAACCAGGGAGGGAUGGAAAACCGUGUUGACCGCACAUUAGCAGCAGUGGCUGAGAGCUGCGCUGCUGUCCAGCAGUCUCGCCUGGUUCGCCAAAACAACAUUCCUGAAAUCCUGGUCACAGAGGAACCUGAUCGGGAGCAUGACGGUCAUAGCACUGAGCAAGGGGAAAAGGCUGCAGAUACAUUCAACUGGCCCCAGAGGAGCGAGAGCCUGUCCAAGCUACCCACAGAGAAGCUUCCACCCAAGAAGAAGAGAAUCCGUCUGGCUCAGAUGGAGCACUCCUCUGGAGAAUCCAGCUUCGAGUCCUCACUGUCCCGAAGCCUCAGCAGGGACAGUAGUCUGUCAAGAUGUUCCAGCGUAUCAGCCUCCUUCGACUGGGACGAGCCAUUCAGGUCCGAGAGCCCCUCCAGAGGAGAAUGUGCCAACAAAAUCUGUGAGCUUCAAGGGCUACCAAUAGCCUUCAACACCCUAGGGGUCCCUGGCAUGAUGAGACGUGCUGCCUCAGAACAGAUCAGUUGCACUCAACCCUCAGUGGAGAUAUCUUGCGACUAUCGCAGCAAGUCCUUCGACUGUGGCAGUGGGUCUCCCAGCAGGUCUCUGCCACCCAACAGGUCAAUGUCACCAAUGGAACUGCGAAAGAGUGCUCAAACUUGCUCGUCUCCGCAUGUACCUCUCAUUGAAAGGCGAAGGGGGCCACUGGUUCGCCAGAUGUCUUUAAAGAUUGGGCCGGAGAGUCAGCAACAUGUCGGCAAUCAUGCCAUUGCUGUCCAGAGGCUCCCCACUGUAAUCUCUAUAUCUCAGCAGAGGCCUCAACAGAUGCAACAGACUGCCAACAAUCCUCCCAUUGCCCAACCUUUUAUUUUGCAUUCUGGAGAAACUCUCCUGCAGCACAAUGAAAAAAUGGUGCAAAGCAUUAACCUGGGCAGCCAAAGUCAACUGCCUCAAGUUCAUGGUCUUCCACACCCUUGGCACCUAACAUCGAGGGUUCAGACAUGCCAAAAUCACCAGCAAUCUGCAGUUAAUGUCAUGAUCAGCCAAGAAGAUGCUCAGAGCAAGUCUGCUGACUGUCAAGACAAGAAAAGCUUUGUACCCAAGUACCAACUGCGGUGUCCCGCUCUGAGAUCAAGCAAAACAUACUCUUCCACACAGGGUACUCAGACAACCAUGCCCGUCUUAACAAUACCCAUUGCCAACCGGAUGCAAAGUGUGUCAAAGUCUUCAGAUGUUCUCCACAAUGUCUAUGUGGCACAACCGUGUCAUCAGAUUGUAGGGAAUAAGACACAGUCGAUAGUAUUUCCUUUAGGCCUACAAAACAUUCAACCUUCUCAAAACCAGCCAAGUGCUCCCCAAUUGCCACAGAUCCUGAUAACCCAUGAGCUGAUGCACCUUUCCCCCUCUGUGGCCAGUAAAGGCAGCCUCUACAACCUUCAUGUUGGAGAUACGGACACAAAGACUGUACCAGAUAUGAACAAGGACAGGCCUCCAGCAUCUGCUGGCCUUCAAGUAAAACACAGUUUAGUUUCCAAUAGCCAGAACCAUUUUGGUGAAACUCAAAUAGCUCCCUCCCUGGGCUCCUUACACUGCACCCAGAAAAUGGCAGCUGUGACCCUCUGUCCACAACAGGAGCCCAUUGCCUCAAGCAAGAGAAUGCUCUCCCCUGCCAAUAGCUUGGACAUCGCCAUGGAAAAACAUCAGAAGCGAGCAAAGGAUGAACAUGGUGCGGCAUGCCUCACUGACGGCAGGUCCGUCAACUACCUGAACUCCAACAUGGCAGAGGUGACUAGGCAACGGAAGCUAAUGCUAGUCCGGCAGGUGUGCGCCACUGAAUCAGCAGACAGUCCCAUUGAAACUGUGGCUCCUCCACUGCAACACGAGAAACCAGAGGAUGAAAAGAAUGGCCAGACUUCUAAUAACCGCAAGACUAUGACACCUGAAAGCACCGGACAGGAUGAACCAUCUACUGUAGUUGCUCAAUUACAGCCAAGCCUUGCAUUAACCACCUCUCUAGGAAGUCACGUCUCCUCCAUGCCAGCGAACGCCUGCUUGAAGCCUCAAGACAAGAGCGAGGAACAGAAGUUGCCCCCUGCCAAGUCUCCCAUUAGACCCUCGACUUUCCAUGGACAGGUGAAACUGGCCUCAUCUGUAUCUGUGGUCAACACACGAGACAGCCACCGCCUGUCUUUCCCCAGCCUGAAAACCACCACCACUUUCACCUGGUGUUACCUGAUGAAGAGGAAGCCUCUGCAUGUUCCCCAGAUGGACCAGAAGAUCUCGGCCUACUCCACCUGGGCAGUGAGCCCCAACAACCCCCACCCACUGGGUCUGCCCACCAAGGUGGCGAUGUCUCUCUUCAACUCCAAGCAGAACUCAAAGAAAAUACACUACACAGAGGCCAUAACGACAAGUAUGAAAUCAGACAUCUUGGUCUAUUCAAGCAAGCUGAAAGACGUCAUGCCUAAGGUCCUAAAGCAUCAGAAGUCUCUAACAACUGAGAAUAACAGCAAAGUGAAACCUGAGACUCAGGUGAGCAGUGAAUCAGACAAGGAUUCUUCCGCAUCCAAACUGGAGCCACGGAGAGUCAAGAUAUUUGAUGGCGGAUUCAAAUCUAACGAAGAGUAUGUGUACGUGCGUGGGCGGGGUCGUGGUAAAUACAUCUGUGAGGAGUGUGGGAUCCGCUGCAAGAAGCCCAGCAUGCUCCGUAAACACAUCCGCACCCACUCUGACGUACGGCCCUACCACUGCACCCACUGCAACUUCUCCUUCAAGACUAAAGGGAAUCUGACCAAGCAUAUGAAGUCCAAGGCACACAGUAAGAAGUGUAUGGAGAUGGGUGUGGAGGACCAGGAUACAGAAGUCUCGGGAGACCGUAGCCAGGUGGGCAGUACAGACCGCCCAGAUUCAGACGGAGAGGACUCCGAAGGUGCUGAUGAUGACAACGAAGAUGAUAAUGAGGAAGAGGAGGAUGACAGCCAGGCUGAGUCGGGCCUGUCCACCAACCCCUCGGUCUCAGCCAGCCCCCAGCACAUCCCCUCCUCCCUCCAGGCUGAGCUCCCUCCCAGCUCCCUUCUGGCCCAGUUGUCCAUCCACCACCACCCAGCUGCCCUGUCACUCCCCCAGCCCCCUUCCUCCCACUGCCACACCCACGAUGCCUCAGAUACAGAAUCCGUGCCCAUGCUGAGCCCCGUCUCCCUGGUCAAACAGAUGUCAAUCUCCGGAGGCUGCUCCAGCCCCUUGCCCUACUCCCCGCCCCCCCACACAUCUGGCACAGAGUCGGUGCCCAUGAUGAGCCCUGUCUCGCCGUGCAGGCAGAUGUCCAUCGAUUACCCUGACUUUGACGUGCCCCCUUGUCCCCCCGCACAGGGCAAGAGCUGCUCCAAGCUCGGCCAGGAUGGCACUUUGGCCCUGUCAGUGAGUGACCCAGGUGUCACUGUCGGGACAGAUGUCAGCACUCAGACCUCCUCCUAUAGCCUCCAGACAUCCUCCUACAGCCCCUUGCACUUUCCUUCCCAGCGUCCGACCCAAGGACCAGGGGCCACACAGGGGACCAACACCCACCUCUUCAGCCACUUGCCUCUGCACUCCCAGCAGCCCUCACACUCCCCCUACAGCAUGGUCCCCGUGAGGGGCAUCCAGCUGGUUCCCGCUAGCCUGGCAGCCUAUUCCACCUUCGUGCCCAUCCAGGCUGGCCCUGUCCAGCUCACCAUCCCCGCCGUGAGCGUCAUCCACCGGAACACCAGCCCCCUCCCAUUCCCCAACACCUCUAACUCCCCUGAGCCCGAUGGUAUGGUGAGUCCCUCAUCCCCUGUCAACCAGCCUCUGGUGGUCCAGGAGCCAAUCAGUAGUAUCAUGCCCUGCUUCCCCCUUGGGCAGGUGGCUGGGCUGGGGCAGGUGACUGGGCUGGGGCAGGUGGCUGGUCUACCGGCCCUCAGGGCCUCCCACCACACGCUGCAGUCCAUGGGUCUGGAGACUCUGACCCUGACCAGCUCAGAAGGUCUGACCUCCACCCAGCUGCUAUCCCAACAUGGCCUGUCGCUCAAUGCCACCUUGGGCCUGCAGGUCCUGGCUCACACCUCCACCUCCCAGAGCAGGACAGUCCCCCACCACCACACCCACAUCCCCAGCCUGCAGAUCCUCAACAUCGCCGUUCCCACCCUCAGCCCCCUCUCCGGCCUCAUUCCCCUCGCUGGACCCUUUGAGAGACAGGGCAGCCCCGAUGCCCCAGCAGCCCCACGGACCCCACAGCCCUCCUCUCAGACUGAAACCGAACCCUCAGUCAGCUGUCUGUCUGCUGCUUCCCCUCCCACCGCCACCCUGAGGGGAAGUCUCGCACAGGAAUUGGCAUCAUCAUGCAGCAGAUCCAUCAGAUCGGGGCCGGGGGGUUCCGGAGGUUCCAGAGGCUCCGAUGACACACAGACUUCAGAAAAGAAAGAGAGGGUAACAACAUCGCUUGCACAGCACGCCCCAGCCUCAGCUCCAGCUCCAGGCUCCGCUCCAGCUCCAGCCCCAGCUCUAGCUCCACCUCCAGCCCCAGCUCUAGCUCCACCUCUAGCCCCAGCUCCAGCUCAAGCUCCACCUCUAGCUCCAGCUCCAGCCCCAGCUCCAGCCCCUGACAGGGGCCUGGAGGGGGAUAAGAAUCCUCCAGCAGAGGGAGCCAGUGAGCCUGUCACACCUCGGAGGCAGUCGAUGCUCUCACGACAGCAGGAAACGGAAGACUACAAUGAUGACUCAGCAUCCAGCGAUGAUGAGGACAGACUGGUCAUCGCCACCUGAAACCCCCAACCGAAUAGCCUAGUUAAAACCAGACUGAAUGCUGAGUUUACAAUGGUGAUCGCAACGUUAAAUCUGGUUAACCAGGCUACUUAUCAAUGUUCUUAUUUUGUAAUGGUUGUUACUUUCUAAGACUGAAAACACUUCAGGGUGGGUUUGUUUCUCUGCAAAUCACCCUUCAAAGCACAGUUUCUGACAUUCAUAUUGUAUGUGCAAUCAAUAGAUGCUUAUGAUAAUGAUCUUUUAACUUUUUUGUCAGCUCCAGACAAUUUUUUUGUUGUUGUACAUGUUGUAUAGACAAUUGUGCCUUUUUCGUAGUUGCUUGUUUUAGGAACCUGUAAAUAAUACCUUACAAAUUCAGUAGUUGCUUGUGUUUUAUUUCAAUGAAAUGGAACUAAAUAGAAGAAAAUGUACCUUACCGGUUUUAUUUUGGAAAGUUUUAAUGUCAAUUGUAAAUUUAUGAGAGAAAAAAAUGAAUGUGUUGUACUUGGACAUUUCUAUGGAUUUGGGGCAUUGUUUCUGCGUACAGACGUUGUGUUCAACUAUUUAUUACAGUAUAUUCCAUGUAGUGCCCAUGAUGGUUCAUGUCCACAGGUAUGUGUAAUAUGGUAGCUUUUCAUUGCAGUAUCACUAUUAUUAUCAACUGUAUCAGUAAAACUUUGUUUACAAACAUA